GGCUACUUGACAGGCUGGUUUUCAAAUCUCGGGGACACGCUCUUCUCCUAGUAUGUCUUUGGAUGUUGGAUUGUUUUCCGUUUUGGAAAAAAGUCUUUCCUUAGAAAAGUCGGAGCUUGAAGCGGCUCAGCACUUUCUCGAGGAAGCAGCCAAAGUAGACCUUUUUGGUUUGCUCAGACAACUCAGUGAUGUUUUGGUUAACGUCGAGUGUUCGCCCCCUGUCCGUAUGCAAGCUGGCAUUCAGCUAAAAAACGCCCUGUAUUCCAAAGACCCGGCGCUCAAAACACUUUAUCAACAACGGUGGUUACAGGCUCCAGUGGAGUCAAGGGAGUAUAUAAAAAAAAACUGUCUUGCCGCAUUAGGAACAGAAACUACGACACAUAGUUCUGCUGCACAAUGUGUGGCUUACAUUGCAUGUGCAGAAAUUCCUGCACUUCAGUGGCCAGAUCUGAUGGAGCGAUUGGUGGAAAACGUCAUCACACCAAACAAAACAGAGGCAUGCAAGCGUUCAACACUAGAAGGAAUAGGAUACAUUUGCCAAGAUAUAGAUCCCUGUAUUUUAGCUAGCCAGUCAAACGCUAUUUUAACUGCCAUAGUUUGCGGUAUGAAAAAAGAAGAACCAAGUGAUAGCGUGCGUUUAGCAGCAACAAAUGCACUUCUGAAUUCUUUGGAGUUUACAAAACACAAUUUCGAUGUUGAUAAUGAGCGAAACUACAUUAUGCAAGUUGUUUGCGAAUCAACUCAGUCGCCAAAUCCUCAAAUCCGUGUUGCAGCUCUUCAGUGUUUAGUAAAAAUAAUGUCCCUUUACUAUAGUUACAUGGAGCCGUAUAUGAAACAAGCGUUAUUUGCCAUUACGUUGGGAGCUAUGAAAGAUUCUGUACCGGAAGUCGCUCUUCAGGGAAUCGAGUUCUGGUCUACAGUUUGUGAUGAAGAGAUCGACUUAGCUAUUGACGUUGCCGAAUGCUUUGAGAAAGGUCAACCUCCAGCGGUUUCUAGCAUGUUUUAUGCCAAGGGAGCCCUGCAGUUUAUUGUACCAAUCCUGAUGGAAAUUCUCGCCCAGCAGGAUGAAUCAAUGGAUGACGACGAGUGGAAUCCAAGUAAAGCAUCUGGUGUGUGUUUAAUGCUGCUGGCACAAUGUUGCGAAGAUCCGAUUGUCAAUCUUGUCAUACCAUUUGUAAAGGAGAAUAUUAAGAAACCUGACUGGCGCUACCGAGAUGCUGCCGUCAUGAGCUUCGGCAGUAUUCUUGAAGGUCCAGAUCCUGCAGCACUCAAGCCCUUAGUAGAGUCUGCUAUGCCUGUAAUAAUCGAAUUGUUGCGUGACGAGUCACCAGCUGUUCGCGAUACAGUUGCAUGGACUAUCGGACGUGUUUGUGAAACCCUUCCCGAAGUUGCUCUACAUGAAGCAUAUUUAGUUCCUUUGUUAACGGGAUUAGUUGAAGGAUUGUCCACUGAACCAAGAGUUGCCGCUAACAUUUGUUGGGCAUUUUCUAGUCUGGCUGAAAGUGCUUAUGAUGCCGCCUCAGAAAAUUCCGGUCAUAAUGGGGAACCGAGGACCUACAUAUUAUCUCAAUACUUCAAUGUGAUCACAGAACGCCUAUUAGCAACUUCUAGUCGACCAGAUGGUGGACAGCAUAAUCUUCGUAAUGCAGCGUACUCAGCCUUGAUGGCGCUUAUGCGAUCUGCAGCUCAAGAUUGUUAUUGUGAAGUACAACGUGUAACACUGAUUGUUCUUGAACGGCUAGAGUCAAUCAUUGGUUUGGAACAUCAAAUUGUUUCACAUCAAGACAGAGCACAAUUUAACGAUCUACAGUCACUUUUAUGCGGCACUUUACAAUCUGUUUUGAGAAAGAUAAGUAAAGAGGAUGCACCUGUAAUAUCAGAUAAAGUAAUGUUAGCCCUCAUGUCCAUGUUCCGAACCACUACUACACCGGUUACUGAAGGCUCUGGUGACCAAUCUGCGAUCAACGGUGAAACAGAUAAGACUAAAUUCAGUGAUGGUGUGCAAGAAGAUGCAUUACUUGCAGUAUCUGCGCUUGUUGAAGCUGUUGGAGAGUCGUUUGUCAAAUAUGUGAAUGAUUUCAUGCCAAUUUUAGUAAUUUGUUUACGAAAUCAUAGAGAAACACAAGUUUGUAUGAAUGCAGUUGGACUGUUAGGAGAUAUGUGUCGUGUUCUGAACAAGAACUUACUCCCACACUGUGAUGGUCUUAUCACCAUUCUGAUGGAAAUUUUACAAGAUAUAAAUGCACACAAAUCUCUUCGUCCUGCUAUUUUAUCUACUUUUGGUGAUCUCUCUUUGGCUUUGGGUUCAGAGUUCUGGAAAUAUCUUCCUAUUGUCUUAGAAACAUUGAGUCAAGCCACACAAGCUGAAGUCAAUUUAGAGGAUCCUGAUAUGGUUGAAUAUCUCAAUUCCUUGCGUACUAGUUGCUUGGAGGCUUAUACCGGUAUUAUCCAAGGUCUUAAGGGAGAUGGACCACGUAAGUUGUUUAUACAUGAUGUUGAUUUGUUUCCAGAAAAAAAAUAUUUUGGGAUAACAGAUGGUAUUUCUUGAAUGUUUUUUUUUAAAUUUAUAUCUCAUUUUAGAGUCUACCGCAGCUUUGGAAUUUGUCGCUAGUCAUGUAUCUCACAUAUUGUCAUUUAUCCAACAUAUUGGAGCAGAUUCAAUCACAACUGAAGAUCUUAUAUCUGCUUCAUGUGGACUGAUCGGGUGAGUCAACUUUGUUGUACAUUAUACUGUGUACAUAGGUAAGGACAGUCGUUUUCACAACGUAGUUCAAAUAUUACCACCUAUCAUGUUCUGUAGAGUUGUGAACUUAUUUAUUUGACCAUUUAACAAAUUGAAUGAGAUUUCUUUAGAUUGUUACACUUUAAUUCAUGAAGGAUAAACUUACGACGUCAUGUACAUCAUCCUGGAUGCAAUUAGUUGGCACCUUAUGUAACCUAUGAAGAGGAAUCAACAUAGCAGAAAAUCAGCUUUAUGAAAAGAACAAAUUUGUUGAAAUAGUAGCUGAUCUUGUUGUCAAAGCUCGAAAAAAAGCUGAUUAAACUGAAUACUAUUUUAUUCCAUCAUGAAUAGUUACAAACUCUACCUUAAACAUUGUUUAGAAUAUGUUUUUAUUGCAUUCAAGUAAACUGAUAAUAACUAUCUGAUAAUAUAGCUCAUUAUGUCGUUACAAUUAUUCAUUCGUGGGUUUCUCCAUCUGUGAAGUAGUGAGCGUGUCGACCGCUCCACUUAUCUGGAAAGUUUCAUCAGCCCUUGUGGUCUGGUGUGUGACGAUAUCUCAGCACGGAUAGAGAGGGCUCGACUAGUUUUUGCCAACUUGCGUCAUUUAUGGCGUAGGCGAGAUAUCCGUCUAUCAACCAAAGGACGUGUUUACUGCGCAGCAGUUCAUGUCCGAUAAGAGAAGAGGAUAGGCUUAGGUUACUAGUAUUCGAUCAUAGGUGUCUUCGAAACAUUGCUCGUAUAUCCUGGGACGAGCGAGUAAGUAACUCAGUUGUUAGCAAACGGGUACUAGAUAAGGAUAGCAAAUCAAUUGAUGAACUAGUGAAGCUUCAUCAGUUGAGAUGGCUGGGACAUGUGUUACGUAUGCCAAACCACCGACUGCCCCAACGUGCGAUGUUUUGUGCCGUAGGAGUAGGUUGGAAGAAAGCUAGGGGCGGCCAAAACAAAACAUGGCACAAAUCCCUGAAGUCACAGACAAGUGGAAUGAGUCGUGUUGGUAGGUGUAAACUACCUGGUUUCGGGGAUCUGCAAGACGAUAGCAACCGAUGGUUAGAGAACUUGAAUGACAUGGCUCAAAAUCGUUUGCAAUGUCGCAGGUGCAUCCACUCUUUGUGUUCUUCCGAAUUCUUCAUAUCCCUUUCUUUUUUCUCUUUCCAAAUUUAUUUCAGUGGAUUAUGCUCCAUGAAUAACAUCUUCAAACCCUGAUCUUUCCCGAUUACUGCUUAUACUCUUACUACCUCUACCACUAUGGGAUUUGAAUUAACAAAUGUAUUUGUGUGCUAAUGUGGUAUGGCAACUCGAACUGAUGUACGUACGUGCGUACGAAGUUCUACGUUGUUACUGACUAACCGACUGUAAAAUACAGUGUUCUUUUUUUUUCGAAACAGGUUUUAUACUGACGUGCUCUAUAUUCUACACUUAUUUAAUUGUACCAUACAAAACAGAUACACAAUUCUGAUUACUUUGUUUAGGUAUACAACAAAUAAAUAUAGUAUCUAACGUAUUUCAUGGCAUUUGGUCGGUCGACUGAAUCGACGUUGAUCAAUGUAAUAUCAGUUGUAACAAUUGUUGGACAUAUCAGUGUUUAUAACAAAUAAUAUCAAUCUUCAAGCAUCCCUAAACUUGCGUUUUGCAAAGAUUACUAAUUCAUAUGGUUCUUGUACUUUCUCAUAGAAUUAACCCUGAGUCAUUUAUGUUCACAAUUAAGAAAAGCUAUCUUAUCGGUUCAUGAUAUAGAGAUAGUCACAGUUCCAGUAAAGUAGUACAGCAGACAGUUGUUUGGACAUUGUAUGUCUGCGCAUUCACUAAAUGUAGUUCAGAUGAAGGAAUGUUUUUCUACUUUCCUUCGAAAAGCUAAGUAGUUCUAACAAUAUAAUACUCAUUAUUGGAGUUGUGGAGAUUAGCAAAUUUUUUAUUGAGAUCAUGAAUUGACUGAUAUUAAACCACCGUUGGAAACCUGGAAGCACUGGACGGCCGUUUCGUCCUAGUAUGGGACUCCUCAGCAGUGCGCAUCCACGAUCCCGCCCGCGGGAUUCGAACCCAGGGCCUUCAGUCUCGCGCGCGAACGCUUAACCUACUGGACCACUGAGCCGGCAUCGAAUGGUGUUAGUGUCUAACAUUAACCAAUACUCAAUUGGGGUAGUUUAAACUAAAAUUAAAAACUCGUACGUAGGUCUUACGGUAUUUCAGAUCAUUCAACAGAUAUUUCAAAUGCCUAUGUAGAAAAUACUUUUUUUUUAAAUUUCAUUUCAAUAAAAUGUUAUAUUUUAUUCAUUUCUAUAGUGAUCUUGUAUCUGCUUAUGGUAGUAGUAUUUUAUCACUUGUUGAAGUGGAUGGAAUUGCUUCUGUUUUACAAAGAGGCAGACGUGCUAAAGCAUCUCGAACUAAAAAUUUAGCAGUUUGGGCUACAAAAGAAAUUCGAAAAUUAAAAAAUACAACUAAUUCAACAGGUUCUUCUGUUUCCAAUUCAAAUUUGUCUCAUACAACUACAACUAUUCAAGCUUCUCCUUCAGGAUAAAAGAAAAAUGUUCAAUUCAAAUGAUCCUCUAUUUCCAAUGAACAGCUUAUCCUAUGAUUUGUACAUUCUGAGAAAAUAUAUUU